AUGAGUAACGCGACAAACACAAACGUGGGGAAAGAGGCAAACGUGGGGAAAGAGGCAAACGUGGGGAAAGAGGCAAACGUGGGGAAAGAGGCAAACGUGGGGAAAGAGGCAAACGUGGGGAAAGAGGCAAACGUGGGGAAACAGGCAAACGUGGGGAAACAGGCAAACGUGGGGAAACAGGCAAACGUGGGGAAACAGGCAAACGUGGGGAAACAGGCAAACGUGGGGAAACAGGCAAACGUGGGGAAACAGGCAAACGUGGGGAAACAGGCAAACGUGGGGAAACAGGCAAACGUGGGGAAACAGGCAAACGUGGGGAAACAGGCAAACGUGGGGAAACAGGCAAACGUGGGGAAACAGGCAAACGUGGGGAAACAGGCAAACGUGGGGAAACAGGCAAACGUGGGGAAACAGGCAAACGUGGGGAAACAGGCAAACGUGGGGAAACAGGCAAACGUGGGGAAACAGGCAAACGUGGGGAAACAGGCAAACGUGGGGAAACAGGCAAACGUGGGGAAACAGGCAAACGUGGGGAAACAGGCAAACGUGGGGAAACAGGCAAACGUGGGGAAACAGGCAAACGUGGGGAAACAGGCAAACGUGGGGAAACAGGCAAACGUGGGGAAACAGGCAAACGUGGGGAAACAGGCAAACGUGGGGAAACAGGCAAACGUGGGGAAACAGGCAAACGUGGGGAAACAGGCAAACGUGGGGAAACAGGCAAACGUGGGGAAACAGGCAAACGUGGGGAAACAGGCAAACGUGGGGAAACAGGCAAACGUGGGGAAACAGGCAAACGUGGGGAAACAGGCAAACGUGGGGAAACAGGCAAACGUGGGGAAACAGGCAAACAUGGGGAAACAGGCAAACGUGGGGAAACAGGCAAACGUGGGGAAACAGGCAAACGUGGGGAAACAGGCAAACGUGGGGAAACAGGCAAACGUGGGGAAACAGGCAAACGUGGGGAAACAGGCAAACGUGGGGAAACAGGCAAACGUGGGGAAACAGGCAAACGUGGGGAAACAGGCAAACGUGGGGAAACAGGCAAACGUGGGGAAACAGGCAAACGUGGGGAAACAGGCAAAUGUGGGGAAACAGGCAAACGUGGGGAAACAGGCAAACGUGGGGAAACAGGCAAACGUGGGGAAACAGGCAAACGUGGGGAAACAGGCAAACGUGGGGAAACAGGCAAACGUGGGGAAACAGGCAAACGUGGGGAAACAGGCAAACGUGGGGAAACAGGCAAACGUGGGGAAACAGGCAAACGUGGGGAAACAGGCAAACGUGGGGAAACAGGCAAACGUGGGGAAACAGGCAAACGUGGGGAAACAGGCAAACGUGGGGAAACAGGCAAACGUGGGGAAACAGGCAAACGUGGGGAAACAGGCAAACGUGGGGAAACAGGCAAACGUGGGGAAACAGGCAAACGUGGGGAAACAGGCAAACGUGGGGAAACAGGCAAACGUGGGGAAACAGGCAAACGUGGGGAAACAGGCAAACGUGGGGAAACAGGCAAACGUGGGGAAACAGGCAAACGUGGGGAAACAGGCAAACGUGGGGAAACAGGCAAACGUGGGGAAACAGGCAAACGUGGGGAAACAGGCAAACGUGGGGAAACAGGCAAACGUGGGGAAACAGGCAAACGUGGGGAAACAGGCAAACGUGGGGAAACAGGCAAACGUGGGGAAACAGGCAAACGUGGGGAAAAAGGCAAACGUGGGGAAAAAGGCAAAUGUGGGGAAAAAGGCAAACGUGGGGAAAAAGGCAAACGUGGGGAAAAAGGCAAACGUGGGGAAAAAGGCAAACGUGGGGAAAAAGGGAAACGUGGGGAAAAAGGCAAACGUGGGGAAAAAGGCAAACGUGGGGAAAAAGGCAAACGUGGGGAAAAAGGCAAACGUGGGGAAAAAGGCAAACGUGGGGGAAAAUGGCAAACGUGGGGGAAAAUGGCAAACGUGGGGGAAAAUGGCAAACGUGGGGGAAAAGGCAAACGUGGGGAAAAAGGCAAAUGUGGGGAAAAAGGCAACUGUGGGGGAAAAGGAGUGUAUAAGUAAAGGCUACAAAAGAUUAAAUGAGUAG